UUCAGUGGUCAGUAAACGCACCACAGUGCGGGACGUUUUUUCGGUUGAACAAUAUAUAGAUCUCUGAGCCUUAUUGCACCUCAUACAUCAUAUCACCAGGUUGAUGCUGUGCGUGAAUGCAUAAAGCUUUCUGCGGCAACAAUGGAGACAAGGGAGGUGUUUGAUGUGUGAGGUCACUUGUGCUGCAGGACUGACGACACAACCUCUGCUCCAGUGAAGAAGCAUUUCACCGUGACAGCCUGAGUUCACACUGAGGUAACAUUACGAUGUGACUGACCACCUUUCCUCACAGCAGCAGUUUUAAACAGGAUGUGAUUGGGGGGAGUCCUUUUCAAUGAUCCAAUCAGCUUCCACUGAUGCUGACUGGCUCUCCUGAGGCCAGCAUCUUCUCCCACUCGUCCUCCACCACUUUGUAGAGCUCCAUGGUGGCUUGAGCGUCUUCCACCGAGGAGUGACCUUGGCAGCCCAUCUGAGGACACGCAGACAUCACAUUGGUCAACAUUGGUCAUCUUUCAGGCACAUUCAAAAAGCAGUCUCCUACCUGGAUGUCACGGUUGAAAAAGACCUUGAUGAGCUUCUUCAGCGCGACGCACUGAUUCGCCCUGAAGCCCGCCUUUUCAUUCAGCAGCGGGAUGCGGGACGUGUCUCUGGUCAUGGCGGGGGGGUGUGAAUACUGAAGGACCUUGAAGUCAUUGUGCACGGCAUGGCCGACCACCACCUUCCCCUUGAGAAGCUUCACUACCUGAAACCACAGCAAGCAAUUACCAGAAGAGGGAUGGGGAUUAUUAGCAUGUAAACGUGUGAAAGAACGUAACAAACGCUAACUUCACCAGCAUUGAAACGGAUUACUUAAAUUGUAUAGCAUCAUCAAUAUUUUUCAUGUCUCACUAUGCCAAACAAAUGGCUUGAGGUGUUUAUCUCACCUCCUUUCUGGCUUGGUGGAAGGGCGUGGCAUCCCAGAGGUCACGGGGUCGGAUGCCGCUCCAGGGUGUGCGGUAAUCGGUAACAGGCAUGCUGGGUUUGACGUACUUGUCGUACACAAUGUCGCCCUCAUAGGUCACAAUGCUGCAGCGUGCCAGCUGGCUGACCCAUCCUUUGGGACCCGUGCCCACCAUCUCACAGUCGAUGGCAAGGAACUUGCUGGGCACUGCAGCUCCUGCGGUAACACUCAAUGAAGGCUGAUGGUGUGAGGAAGUCUGACAUGAUGGAUGCUUAUUGAAUCUAUUAUUUUUGCCCUUGCUUUUUCUGAAUUGAUGCUCCCCGGAAGUUUCUUCAUGCUGUUUGAUAUGCUUGUUGAUAUGUGACCUGAUCAGUGCCUCUGCCUUUGAUCCUGGUGAAGAAAGGGAAUUCCGAUCUGAAGCUUGCUUGCGCUUCCACUUCUGUCUGCGUUCUGUGAAGCAUUUCCCUGUUUUUCUCACCCGGCUCCUGGUUAAUAUUCUUGCCUUGCUUUGAGAUGUAGGAGAUUCUCCAGAAAAGCACACAUUGAUCAUAAUGUCCGACAUCUUUGUAGGAAGAAUGGAUGUGGGGUGCUUGGUCAUAUGUACCAGGUGGGUUACUCCAGCUGUAUUGCUCCCAUUGAAACCUGAAAUUCAGCGUGUAUUAUUUAUAUUGCUUACUAUAAUCACAUUUGAUGAAGUGUGACGCUUUGGCCAGAAUCUAUCCAAUCUAAAUCGUAUAUCUUUAAAGUUGAACCAUUGUUGUUGUACCUGUGCUUCAUUUAACGGUAACUUGUGAGAUUUGACGUCGACAAGCAGCAUGUCUUUAGGUAGCUAAUGCUAAAAGACGACCACAACACUGACUUUACAAAUAUCACUUGCUGUAUACGAUACAAACUUAACUGCAUUAAGAACAAGUGGUAGUACGAAGAGCAAUUGGAAAUACAUAAAAGGUAAAUAUUCUUGUGUUUUGUUAAAACAAGUUACACAAACCUGCUGCCUGCACCAUCCACCACCGACGAAGCCGCGCACUUCCACUUCCGGGUUAUGCUGCCUUUAGUUAGUAUCCGAUCAGAAAAUGUUUUCCGGAAAGUAUAAGUACAGAUGUUUUAAUGUAGGUCUACACACGAGACACACACCAGCCAUGUCAUUUAACAUUAAAUAAGAACGUUUUGUAAUAAUUAUACUUUUCGUACAAUGUGUAUAGUAUGUGACGAGAAGUCAGUUAGACGUUCCGAUUUACAAUGAGGACAUGAACGCACCAGCACUCUUGCGAUCUAUUGAAACUUGACCAGCAAAAAUACAUACUCAUUGCGAAGCGUGUCUGUAAGAUGUGGCCGAUCGGAGACGCGUGGGUUGUCAUUUUGGACAUUUUUUUAACACACAUUCAGGCUCGAUAAGAAGGGUAGCUCAUUCCAAGUUAGCAAUUUAGCUUUGGACUCGCAUGUCAACAGCACAACAUGGGAGAAAAUUCACAGCAAAGUCUUUCUUCAGACGAGCAAAAAGAGCUAGCCAAAAGACUCACCGCCUUUCUGUCCCAGUACAGAUACUUAUCGGAGUCGUACAUAAUUGAAUUCUUCGCUGAGGAUUUAUGGCACAAGUUACCCGGCAGCUGGCAGUCUGUGCUGCAGCAACUGUCCUACCCCCAGAUUGCAGACCUGCUGCUGGAUGCAGAACAUAAACACAGGAGGUAUCCAUGCAUGUGGCCGCUGUCCCUUUUGGCUUUCCGGGCCACAGCCCACGCACUCACCUUUCCCAGACACUCCUGGCGGGGCCGAGAUAACGUGGGUGGUUCGGCGAAACCCUGCGAGUUCCAUGACAACCAGAACCAGAGCGCCUUGCUGGCCCACAUUUUCCGGAAGCAUGUCAAGCCCAAGAAGCAGCACGAGAUUCGCGAGCUGGGGACGCUUGUCAAACAACUUUGUGAACACACUGAGUGCAAGCAAGUCGUGGAUGUCGGCUCUGGACAGGGUCAUUUGACUCGCUUCCUGUCGUUUGGGCUUGGUUUGUCUGUGACCGCCAUUGAGGCUGAGCCCACCCUGGUUGCCACGGCAACCAAGUUUGAUGGACAGUUGCUACUGGCCCUGGAGAAGGAAAAACACAAACAGAAUUGUUCCUCUGAGCUGCCAUCAUCAGAGGCGCGUCCUCGCCAUAUGACAGGUUGGGUCGACCCCAAGGCAUCAUGGGAGGUUUUCGUCAAGCAGCUGGGUGCAGACCGCCAUGUUGGGGAAGGUCAAGUUGUUCCGGUAGGACACUGCAAAAAAAGACUGCGGCCGUCGCCAUGCUGCGCCUCACAUGACUCGAAAUCAACAAGUCUUACUGAAGAUGAGUCUUGUAACUCAAACUGCAUCCAACAAGGACGUCCAGGCUUUGUCCUGACUGGUCUACACGCCUGCGGGGACCUCAGCUCCACACUCCUCCGCCAUUUUGUCAAGUGUCCGCACAUCCACGCCAUCACCUCUGUGGCGUGCUGCUACAUGAAACUCACCACCAAAGAGCAGCCCGCCCCUCCAGGCGUGGUCGGACCGCCAGUUCCACCAAACUCAGAUGGAGAUUCCUUCCCCUCGGAUUUUGGCUACCCCAUGAGUGAGCAUGUGCGGGGGUUGCCGGGACACGAGCUGUCGUACAAGGCGCGGGAGGGGGCGUGUCACGCAGUGGAGCACUACAUUGACAGGCUGAGAGAGGAGAGCGCGCUGCUGCGAACACACUGCUACCGCGCCAUGCUGGAGACCUUCAUCACAGAGGCCAGGCCACAGUUGCGUAGGGCAGGAAUCCAGACGGUGAAGAAAGCCCACUUGUUGACCUUUACUGAGUAUGCCAAGUUGGGUCUGGCCCGGGUUGGCCUGCCCCCCUCCUUGCCUCUUGACCCGGUGCGUGUGGAGGCCAUGCUGGAGCAGCAAGGGAAAGUGGUUGUCUACUUCAGCUUGGCUCUGCUGCUGGCGCCAGUGGUGGAGACGCUGGUGCUGCUGGACCGCAUGAUCUACCUACAGGAGAACGGUGUGGACAGCCAGCUGCUGCCUCUUUUUGACCCUAAUCUUUCCCCAAGAAACUUUGUCCUUGUGGCUCUGAAGACAGGAGGGUAGAAAAAGAUUGUUUUUGUAUUUUUUGCACUCUGGUGGUAUAAAUCACCUUUUUAGUCUGAAAUAUUGCUAUUUUUUACAGUUUAGGCCUGCUUUUUAGAGGUUUUAUGCUCAGCUUCACUGCAAUGCAUCAUAGCUUAUGUGCAAAAUGUGGCUCAUUUCAGAAUAAGUGAAACAACAACCCAGAAAAUGUGAGAAAAGUAAAGCAAAAAGACAUAAUGUAAGUACAAAAAGAUAAAAUGUUGAGACUAAUAAGUAAAAACACAAGGAUAUGUGUAACUUUUAAAAAUAUAUUAUAAAUAUCAAAGGACCGCUGGACAGCCCUGACGUAAAUAGACAAAGCCAUGUAGAUUUUUCAAGUACAAGCUGAACGAUUAAUGCUGAUACCCCUAUUGAAAAGCCAGGGUUUUAAGAAAUGCUGCAAAUGUUUGACAGACAGUAUGAAUUGCCUGUGAGAAUUUUUUCAUAUUGAAAGAUUCAUUUAUUCAUUCAUUUUCGACUACUUAUCUUCACGAGGGUGGCGGGGAUGCUGGAGCCUAUCCCAGCUGUCUGCGGGAGAUACACCCAGGACUGGUGGCAAGCCAAUCACAGGGAAUCGCCAAUUAAGCUAACAUGUUUUUGGAAUGUGGGAGGAAACCGGAGUCCCCGGAGAAAAUCCACACACAUGGGGAGAACAUGGAAACUCCACACAGAGAUGGCAGAAGGUGGAUGUUAAAACCUCUUUCUUGUGGACCAAUUUUCACGUCAUGAGUUUUGGGUGUAUUGUGAAGUACUACAAUGUUUGUAUUCCUAUUUUUAAAUGAAUUGUUUCAAGACUAGUAAAUAGUGAAUUUAAAAAAUGAAAAUUGUGUGUUUUUUAAUG